AUGAUUGACUCAUUCCAUACUAGAAAUAAUCACAGAAAAUCCUUUGAUAACACGGAUUCCUAUUUCUCAAUGAUCUCCCACAAUCGAGACAAUUGGCUGAAUCCCGGUGAAAUUAUUUCAUAGAAGUUCAUUGAUAUCUUCUUUUUAUAAAGCAAAUCAACUUUGAUUCUUGAAUAAUCCACAUCACUUCUGGUUCUAUUGUGACAAAGGAUUCCGCUUUUAUGUGGAAAAGACCUGUAUCAAUAAUUAUGAUCUUAUGUAUGGAAAAUUCCUGAAUAUCUUGUUCAUUCGCAAGAAAAUAUUUUCUUUGUGCGUGGGUAAAGGAAAAAAAAACAUAUUUUUUUGGAGAGAGAGGCUUUUCUGACAUAUUCAUAUCUAACGAUUUUCCAAAAAGUGGUGACGAAACGUAUAACUUGUACAAAUCUUUCCAUUUUCCAAUUUGACCCGAUCCAUUUGUUUGUACAGCUAUUUACUCGAUCGCAGACAUUUCUGCAACACCUCUAA